GGCAAUUUCUUAUCAUUACUUAUUUGGGGUCUGGAAAAGUUGAACUUUUUGUUGGGGAGUAACUUCUAAGCAAAGCUUGAGCAUCAACAGAAAUGCUACCGCUCAUUCUGUUUACUCUUAGCAUGAUCAAUUGAGGAUGGUUUAGUGAUACUGUAAAUGAAGGGUCUGUGAGGGGCUAUUGGGUGCCUUAUCACCGGAAUUUGAGAUGGACCGGCGGAGUUGGCUGUGGCGAAGGAAGUCCGCCGAGAAGAGUCCCGGUGAAACAGAGAGCUCGGGAUCGAUAUCGUCCCACUCGGAAAGAUUCUCUGAUGAUCAGACACUACCAAAUCAUAAUAUUCAAUCACCAGAAAUCUCAUCUAAAGCUGCACCCACUGGUGAAGAGCUUAAUGACAAUGUGAAGAUUUUGACGGAAAAACUAUCCGAAGCUCUUCUGAACAUUAGUGCCAAGGAAGACUUGGUACAGCAGCAUGCCAAGGUUGCAGAGGAAGCUGUUUCAGGAUGGGAGAAAGCUGAAACUGAAGUGUUGGCUUUAAAACGACAACUUGAGGCUGUAACUCGAAAGACCUUAGCCCUUGAGGAUCGAGUUGGCCAUCUUGAUGGAGCACUGAAAGAGUGUUUGAGACAGCUUCGACAAGCGAGAGAAGAGCAAGAGCAGAAGAUCCAUGAAAUUGUUGCCAAUAGAUCUUAUGAAUGGGAAUCUACAAAGUCUGAACUUGAGAAUCAGGUCGUUGAGCUCCAGUCCCAACUUCAAGCUGCUAAAGCUGAAGCUGUUACCUCUAUGAAUUCUGAUCUUUGCCUUAAACUUGAAGCUGCAGAGAAAGAGAACUCUGGCCUGAAGCUGGAGCUUCUUUCCAAAGCUGAGGAACUGGAACUUAGGAUAAUUGAGAUGGACUUGAGCACCCAAGCUGCUGAAACAGCUAGUAAGCAAAAUUUGGACAGCAUUAAGAAGGUGGCUAAGCUUGAAGCUGAGUGCCGCAGGCUAAAAGCAAUGGCCCGCAAAAUGUCACCUUCUAAUGAUCACAGAUCUAUGGCUGCAUCCUCGGUUUAUGUUGAUUCUUUUACAGAUAGCCAGUCAGAUAGUGGGGAGAGGCUUUUGAUGGUUGACACUGACGCAUCCAAGAUGAGUGGCUUGGAGCUGAAUCACUGUGAACCAAGUCAUUCCGAUUCUUGGGCAUCUGCUUUAAUAGUUGAGCUAGAUCAAUUUAAGAAUGAGAAAGCUCUUGAAACUAACUUCAUGGUCACUUCCUCUGAUAUUAAUCUCAUGGAUGACUUCCUUGAGAUGGAAAGGCUUGCGGCAUUGCCGGAGACAGAAAGUGGAAGCUGCCCUGACUCGAGAGCUUUAUUAGAUCAUGCCCAUGUUGGGGAAAACCCUCUAAAAGCUGAACUUGAAGCCAUGAUUAAUCGGACAGCUGAACUAGAAGAGAAGUUAGAGAAGAUGGAAACUGAGAAAGUGGAGUUGGAGAUGGCCUUAGCUGAGUGCCAAGAUCAACUUAAAACUUCUAGAGAUCAGUUAGAUGAAGCAGAGGUGAAUUUGGUGGAGCUGAAAGCUUACUUAGCUAAAGCAAGUGAAGCACAGAGUGCGACUGAGAUUGAAUUAAACAAUACCAAUCUAAAGUUAGAAAAAUCAAGAGCCCGGUUGGAGGAAGCUAUGGUAAAUGUGGUGGAGUUACAAACUCAGUUUUCUAUGGUAAAUGAAGCAAAGAGCAUGGUCGAGGCAGAACUUGAGGCGACUAACAUAAAGAAAGCAGUGGCAGAGUCACGACUUGUAGUUUUAGAAGCUGACUUACACACCUUGCUUUCAAGAGUUAGUUUUUUGGAAAAAGAGAUUGAAAAAGAGUGCGCUUUUUCAGCAGAAACUGUUUCUAAGUACCGGAAAUUGGAAGCUGAAAUUUCAAGAAUGAAAUAUGAAACUGAGCUCCAAAAUGCAGCAAUCUUGAACGGACAGUUGAAAAUGAAGCAGGAUAUGGAAUUAGCAGCAGCUUCUACUAAAUUUGCAGAGUGCCAGAAAACAAUUGCUUCUCUUGGCCGACAGUUGAAAUCUCUUGCAACCCUGGAAGACUUUCUUAUGGACUCAGAGAAAUUGUCAGAGAUCUCUGAAGAUGAACUACAAUGUUCCAACAAUGGUUUUGAAUCAUGGAAAUUGCAAUCUAGUAAAUUCUCUUUGCCAAAAAGAGAUUCUGAAGCUUCAAAAACGGUUGAUACCUAUUCAGGGCCUCUUAACAAAUGGUAGCAAUGGGGGCUUGAUACUAUCUGUGGGGGAGGUUAUCUAUUCCGAAAAGAGUCGAAAUGGGCUUCGAAAGUUGCUUCAUCAGAGUAAGAUCAGGAGUUGAAGCGAAAAUCAGUGAUAGUGAGGAACAACAAAAACCAAAACGCAAUAAAGGAAACUGAUUUUGAGUCU